CGCACAGGCUGCGGCUGGGCCGUCGCCCCCCGGCCUGCCGGGUAAUGGGAUUUCCGGGUGGCGGGGUCUGGGUGCCCCGGGCGGAGCCCGCGCGGUGCAGAGCUCGCGGGCGUCGGCUCGGAGGAUGCGCGCCGUGCUCCAGAAGCCCAAACCGUUCAAGCUGCGUGUCCUGCACGGGCCGCAGAAAUUCGGGGUGGCGGGCAGGAGCCCCGAAGAGGUGCUGCAGAAGGGGUGCCGCCUCCUGCAGGUUCCCCAGCACGGGACCCGCCUGUGUCUCUAUGAGGACGGGGCGGAGCUGACCCAGGAGAACUUCGGCCGAGUCGCGGACCACGCGGAGCUCCUGCUGCUCACGGCGGGCCAGACCUGGCAGGGCUACGUCAGCGACAUCAGCCGCCUCCUGAGCGUGUUCCACAGGCCGCCGGCCGGGCUGGUGCAGGCGGCGCGGCAGCUGCUGGCGGGGGAGCGGGCGCCACUGAGGCAGAGGCUCCUGGCGGACCUGCUGAGCACCGCCAGCGAGAACAUCGCCGCCGAGACGCGGGCCCAGGACCCGCCCUGGUUUGAAGGCCUGGAGCCCCGAUUCCGGAGCAAGGCGGCCUACCUGCGGCACAGCUGUGAGAGCCGCAUCCGAGGGUACCUGCGGGAGGUGAGCGCCUUCGUGCCGGCCGUGGGCGCGGGCGCGCGGGGGGAGUUCUCGCGCCUGGUGGACGCCAUGAGCCAGAAGCUGCGCGCCGAGCGCUACCACGGCAGCUACUUCGACCGGGGCGCCCCGGCGGGCGACCGCCUCUGCACCCCCGAGGGCUGGUUCUCCUGCCAGGGCCCAUUCGACAUGGCCGACUGCGCGUCCAGACACUCCAUCAACCCCUACAGCAACCGCGAGAGCCGCGUGCUCUUCAGCACCUGGAACCUGGACCACGUCAUCGAGAAGAAGCGCACGGUGGUGCCCGCGCUGGCCGAGGCGGUGGCGGCCCGGGACGGCAGGGAGGUCGACUGGGAGUACUUCUACGGCCUGCUGUUCACCUUAGAGAACCUCAAGCUGGUGCACAUCGCCUGCCACAAGAAGACCACCCACCAGCUCCGCUGCGACCCCUGCAGGGUCUACAAGCCCCAGAGCAGGCAGCUGCCGCGGAAGAAGCCGCGGGCCCGCAGGGGCAGGUGACCGUGCCCGGGUGGCCCCGCGCACAGCCCACCAGACUACAUUUGCCACGAAGCCCGGCCCCCCGCGGCCCCCCCCCCCUGCUCUCGACUAGUGCUGCUGACCACACGGGUCUCCUGGCUGUGGACAGCACCGCGUGAGCGUGCCCGGUGCUGUUGCCCUGCUGGGCCUCUAGCAGCUUCCACGAGCACCGGCUGCUCCUGCGAGUCCCAAGUCCGGGCUGCAGAUCUGGUUUUGGUCCUUGGACGGGCGCGGGCCCAGCCUCGGUGAGCAGAGGCGCGGCGGGCGCCGGGAGGCACACUCCUGCCCCCGCCCUGCCGGGGGAGCCCCGUGGUGCUGGAACUGUGGUGCCCCAGGGCUGGGUCACUCUGAAACUGCAUCUUCCGGAGUUAUGCCCCGCCCCCUGGCCGCCCCCACCCCGGGGUGCGCCUGAGAGCUCCGCGCCGCGCUCCUUGGGGCGCACACGCCCUGGCCAGCCGCAGCCGGUGCCUGCAGGUGCGGGGCCGUGGCUGGAACCGAGGCACGAGGCCGCCCUGCCAGGGGCUCUUGCCACGGCUGCAGCGCCCUGAGAUCUGUGGGGACACUGGGGUGCAGCCUGAGCCCCAGGACGCCUUUCCAAGUCAGACCUUCGCCAGGACUAAGCUUUUGUUGUUUGGGGGCUGCACCCGCGGGGUCACUGCUGGCCGUGCUGGGGGGCCCCACUCCCGGGACCCCUCCUCUGCCCGGGACGGGACUGGACGUGCAUAAGGCAGGUGCUGCGUGUCCUGCAUUAACUCUCCGGCCCCAAGAGGGGAAGUUUUUGAAAUGAGGAUUUCAUGAUUCUUCUUUUUUACAAAUACCUAUUUUGUGAUAUUUUUUUAUACGAUAUUGUUUUAUAAACAGAAUGAGCAAUAAAGAUUAUUUUGAAAAUAAA